GCGCCUUAACAAUAUGGCUGCUGUACGUCGCUCCACGCGUCUGAGCAGCGUAAGCAAAUCGACAUCAGCAACGAUCGCAGCGCUGCCUCCGUCGCUGCUGUCCACAACGCCACGACGCUCAGAAGUUUGGCGCAGAAGACAAACCAAGCAGCUGGUGGAAAGUGACGACGAAGAUCAGGAUGAUAUCGUUAGUGUAAUUUCAGAGAAUAACGAGAACAGCAACCUGUUGAACAAAAUGGACAAAGCGGGCAGAAGGAAAUCAGCUGCGGCUACAAAAACCACAAACGAUCAUCCAAAGACGCCACGCAGCAGCAAGAAAAUAACGACAACAACUUUAAGCAACAGGUCCAAACAGGCUAAUAUACGUAGAGCAAAGGCUUAUAGCAGCAAUAGCAGUAGCAGCAGCGAGGGGGAGUCGGGGCUGGACGAUGCUACACAUGUGUCCCCACCCAAGCAGCGCAGAAUGCAGCCACUGCCAGAGCAUUUGAUCAGCCCCUCACGACUCCUGGACAGACUGAGCAUAGAUGAACGCGAGCAGCAGGAGGAAACACCCACAAACAAGACUGAAACGCAGACCAAAAAAGAGGAGCAGCUGGACGAGCCACCAAAGCCUUCGCCGCCACGCAACAAAUAUCAAAAUGCACGACGUGUGCUAAACAGCGCAGAAACGCAGCAUCUGCCUGGUCGCGAGGAGCAGCUACAAGAACUGCGCGACUUUUUUACCCAACAUUUGGACAGUCAAACCUCUGGCAGUCUCUAUGUAUCCGGCCAGCCGGGCACCGGCAAGACAGCCUGUCUGUCGUUGCUGCUUCGCUCUCCAGAGUUUGCUCAGCGCUUGCAACGUGUCUACAUCAACUGCACUAGCAUUGCCAGCGUGGGCGCUGUCUACAAGAAGCUGUGCGCUGAGUUGCAACUGAAACCGACUGGACGUACCGAACGUGAUCAUUUGGCAGCAAUACAACGUCAUCUGCGCACAUCGAAGCGCAUGUUGCUGCUGGUGCUGGACGAGAUCGAUCAGUUGUGCACCUCAAGACAGGAGGUACUCUAUACGAUCUUUGAGUGGCCCGCGCUGCCAGGUGGCCGCAUCUUGCUAGUUGGCAUUGCCAAUAGUUUGGAUCUCACGGAUCGUGCACUUAUGCGACUGAAUGCGAGAUGUGAACUGAAACCAAAACUGAUGCACUUUCCACCCUACACCAAGCCACAAAUUGUUGAGAUAUUCAAAUCACGACUCGCAGAAGCACAGGUUUUGGAUGUAUUUCUGCCAGUCACGCUCCAGCUGCUGGCCGCGAAGGUGAGCGCAGUAAGUGGCGAUGUUCGACGCGCCUUGGACAUUGGUCGGCGUGUCGUCGAGAUUGCAGAGCAGCAGAAACGUGCGGGCGAAAAGGAGUUUAACAUGAAGGCUCUCGAAUUAGAGGGUCCAACAACAGAGGCUGACGAAACAGUGAAGCCUGUUCAGGUUAGCCAAGUGGCUGCGGUGCUAAACAAAGUUUAUGGUGCAUCACAGAAUCUAGAGGAAGACAUUGAGGCCGCCUUUCCGCUGCAACAAAAACUGAUGCUGUGCUCGCUGGUGCUAAUGCUGCGCAACGAGCGCAACAAGGACAUUAGUAUGGGACGCCUGCAUGAGGUAUACCGACGCGUUUGCGCCAAGCGCAACAUUUUAGCCCUCGAUCAAGCGGAGUUUGCGGGCACUGUUGAUCUCGUAGAGACGCGGGGCAUUCUGCGAAUUGUGCGCAAGAAGGAGCCGCGUCUCAGCAAAGUGGUGCUGCAGUGGGACGAGGAGGAGGUGCAUGCAGCACUCAGCGACAAGCAGUUAAUUGCAUCGAUCUUGAGCGACACUGCCUGCCUGGCCAAGUGAUGGACGACAAACACAAAUAAAUUUUAUGAUGAUGAUUACCUUUAUAAAAUAA